AAUAAAAAAAACGUUUUUAGUACAAUAUUUGUUAUUAUUUACACGGAAUUUCAAUCUUAUUUUAGAUUGCACAAUUAAAUAACAGAGAUAAUUUCCACGCACUAUGUCAGAAAGAACUCGAAGAUUUAGAGCAAGGCUCAAAGAAGAUCCCGUAAAAUGGAAUGAGUUUAAAGAAAAACGACGAGUGUAUCAACGUUUAAAAUAUCAAGAAAUGAAAAAGGAUCCCUCAAUUAGAAUAGCACGAAACUAUCGACAGAGAACUUAUCGAUAUAAAAAGAAAAUUAAAAAUGCAAUUGAAAUGUCUGAUGCAGAGAAUACAAAAACUAAGUCGACGUCUUCAAGAAGUUUUGAUGAAGUAAUGAUCAAAGAAGAUCCCAUGAAGUUGGAUGAGUUUAUGGAAGGUGAACAAAUAAGUGACCCUGCAGCACAUCAGGAAAUAAAAAAGGGCCCCUCAAGGAAGAAAAGAAAUGAUCAACAGAAACUCUACCGACCUAUGAAGGAAAAUAAAAAUACAAUCGAAGAGAGUGAAAUAUUAGAUUCUUAUAUAGGAAAUUAUAAAACUAAAUCAUUGUUUCUAAGAGCAUGUCAAAAAGUAAUGGAUGUGCUUCCCAAAGACAGAGAAAGCAAAACACAUGUCUUGAAGUUUUUAUUCUACAAAUUUAAUUUAGAAUGCUAAUGAAAUUCCUAUAUUUUUAUUAUUAAAUAAAACUCAAUAUUACUUGCAGAGGCAUGAAACUAA